AUGUCUUCUACCCAACCCCCUUCACACGACCAUACUCCCCAUCAUCAUCGUCAUCAUGAACAACAGCAAUUACAAUGCCCCCGUUCCCGCCAGCGCCGACAUACCACAUCCCUAUCCAACGACGGCCCCUACUUUUUCCGCUCCUUGAUCUGGGGCCUAUACAAACACAGCCAAUACACCGACUUCACAAUUCGCAUCAAGGGAUCGGCGCGUGAGUUUCAUGUUCAUCGUGCCGUCAUUUGCCCCCAAUCAGAGAUAUUUGAGGCUGCUUGUCGGGGGUCUUUUAUCGAAGCAUCGACGAAUUCCAUAACGCUUACGGAUGAUGAUCCUGAGAUUGUGGAGCGGAUGAUAAGGUAUUUGUAUACGCAUCGAUACGAUGAUGUUGAGGAUUGGGGGUAUGGUUGUUGCGACAACGGGAUCAAGAGGAUUAGACAGCAUUAUUCGGAGAAGACUGCUGGGUUUGCAGAAGAUGAUAGCAACAAUACUACCCAUGACGGUAAUGACGACGAAGAUAGACAUAUCUCUCAAUCACGCAGAUAUGGGCAUGAAUGUAGCAGCAGCAGUAGGAAAUGCUCAUCGCCUACCUCACCCCCCAAAUCGCUAUAUGUCUACGCCAUUGCGGACAAAUACCUCAUCUACCCACUAAAAGAUCUAGCCCGAACCCGCUUCACGAACUGGGUUUAUAGCCACUGGUUGACAACAGGGUUUGUAGCCGCCGCUCGCGAGAUCUUUGACAACGAAACGGGGAAUUAUAACGAUCUCAAAGAGGUGAUUUUAUCGACUAUCACGUUACACGCUGAUACCCUACUCUGUGGUGGGAGCUACAGCACCAGCAACGUCAGCAAUAGCGACAAAGACAGUGAAGCCAAUGAAAUCAAUAAGUUCAUGCAAGACUACAACGAAGUCAGCAUCGAAAUCCUCCACCGCACUCUGGAUCGAGCCCGUAUCCGGCAGCGAGGGCUGGAAGUUGAUAUUGCAGACUUGGAGUCGAGGGUGAAAGCGUUGAGGGUUGAAAACAAGAAGGUGGCGGUGUUGCAGAGUCGGAAUAAUAGUCUCAACAAAGAGUUGCUGGAUAUUAAGAUGGUGGUGUUGGCGUGGAAGAGGGAUUUGAAGGACUAUAGUGCUGGUGGUUCGAGUGAUAGCAGUAGGGGAGGCAGGAGUGGUAGUGCGAGGUGA